CAGCCGCAUCCCAUAAAGUUUUUUUGUUUCUCCACAACACAAUAUUGUAUAAUAAAACACUUCUGUGAGUUCCGUGGUCACGUUGUGAGUGGUAUACCUAGUUCACGGAUUUCCACAGCUGUUGUCCUGUUCAUCCCGCCUCAAUCGGGACGUUCAGCGGGACCAGCAGCAAGGCUGGCAGCGGGGAUGCGCGCUCGGCCGAGGCCGACGCCGACGCCGACGCCGACGCCGGUGCCAUGAGCCGCGACGUCUCUACCAAGUUCGCCGCGGGCAUGGACCGCUGGCAGAACACUCUCGAGGAUAUGAUCAACCUCCGCACCUCCAACAACCACCAGGCCUUCAAGGAUACCUCAUGGGCGCUUAGCGGCUUCGAUGAACUUCGUCUGUACGUUAAACAAGGCGGUGAUUUCAGCAAAGAACUUGCUGCCAUAUUGCAAGAAAGGAUAGAAGCUGAAAAUUAUUAUUCGAAGUGUUUAGCGAAACUUGGCACUAAGCUGAGCAAAGCUUGUAAAGAGAGCAUUGGCUCCUGCGCCGAGGCGUGGAAACAUGUCGCUACUGAGAUGGAGAAACGAGCAGAUAUUCAUAGGGCAUAUUCUCACGCUCUUACAGAGGAAUUAGUAAAACCUAUGAAAAUUAUUAUCGACAAUCAACUAAAGCUGAGAAAAAAGAUCGAGGGUAACGUGGAUAAAACUUCGCGGACUCUCUCCGAGUGGCGUACAAACGAAGUUAAAUCUAAGAAGAAUUCGCACGCAGCGGCAAGGGAAAACGAGAAACUGCAAGAUGCUACUUUAGAUAUUAGUCGGAUGCCGCGCAGCUCCAGCGUCGGGCACAUCCCGCACGCGCACGCACACUCCAUCCUGAGCGCGGCGCGCGCAGAGCGCGUCGCCGGCGCCACCAGCGAGCGGGACGCUGCCAAGCUCCUAGUCAAGAAGAGGAAGACGGAAGACGCCGUUAAAAAGACUGAAGUCGAAUAUUACAAUGUUUGUGUUCACGCGGAAAGGGCCAGGCUGGAGUGGGAAUCCAGCGUGAUGAAAGGCGCCGGCAUGCUUGAAUCUCUGGAGGAAGAGAGACUGGCUCAGCUGAAGACCGCAGCCGACUGCUACCUCAGGCUGACUGCAGCGGUUCCUCCGCAGCUAGCUGAGAUUUCUAACAACCUAGUGGGCCCCAUAAGCAAGGCGGAGCCUCACGUAGACAUGCGCGUGGUGCGGCGAGUGCGCAGCGCGCCCGCCGGCGCCACCGAGCAGCUGCUGCCAGACUUCUACUGCGAGCACACCACGCUCGCCAUGAACAAGGAGCGUCGCAAGCAGGCACUGCUAAAAAUUCUACAACUAGUAAAACAAGACAUAGAUCGAGAGCGCAAGUCUAAGCAGGGCUUGGAGAAACUGUCCAUGGCCAUGAAGCAGACGCCCACGUUCGGCAACGACGACUCGCAACAGAAUGUCGCCGACAAACUAUAUCAUAUGAAAUCAAUGUUGACAUAUUUGGAAGCUGUAAGAUACAAAAUAACGUCAACAUUGAACGAACUCGAUAGCCGGGCUCCCGUCAGUCACCCCCUGGCGACACACAUCAAGGUCAUCAGGGACAAGCAAGGCCUGCAACAGAGCGUACUGAAAGUGCCUCCAUGGCUGCAGGAGGACUAUCAGAACGAAGUCAACAAAAAUCUGCAACCAAAUUACACGGCGCUAACUAAAAGCGUAAACGGCGGCGGCGAAGAGAGGGAAAGGCGUGAUUCGAUAAUGAGCAGGGCGUCAAGCAAGCUGCGUAUAGAGCACCUGUCGUUCCGACGGAACACGGAGAGCCGGAGCGCGCCGGUGACGCCGCUGUGCGCAGAGCCGCCCGCCGCACCGCCGCCGCCGCCGCCGCCGCCGCCCGAGAGCCCGCUCGACUGGAGCGAGCGCGGCGCCGGCGACGGCCUCUCCAACCAGCAGGACAGCGACUUCGACGAAUUUUCUUCGCAAAGCGAUAGUUCUACGGAUCUGACCGACAUGCUGAAGAACGAGAGUGGCGACAAUGCGACACCCACUAAGUCUAUCGGCAAAUGUAGAGCGCUGUACAUUUACGAGGCCAGGCUGAACGACGAGCUGACUCUAUCGCCAGGCGACAUUAUAAACAUUCACGAGAAGCAGGAGGAUGGCUGGUGGGCCGGCGACCUAGACGGCCGCUACGGCAUCUUCCCCGCCUCCUACGUCGAGGAGAUCACCACCUGCAUAUGAACGUGACACCCGACUGAUCACUUACCUACUAAAUCGAUCACAUAGGUACUAUGCCUGGUUACCCCACAUGGGCGCUCCCAAUUGAAGAUGAGAGUGUGACCGCUCAUUUCAGAUCCA